AUGCCCACAUUAUCGCUGAUCAACUUCAAUAUCGUCUGUGCGACAUUGGGAGGGUUCAUCUCUCUAUUCGGCCUGGUCUCGUACCUCUUCAAAGAGAGAUUCUACCUCUCUGAAGCAUUGAUCUCGCUGCUGGCUGGAGUUGUGUUCUCUCCGCACGGUGCCAAUUUUAUUCGACCGCUCGAUUAUGCGCUUGGCGCGGAUCAGAAUCUAGACCAAAUCACUCUGUGUUUCACCCGACUGGUCCUCGGGGUACAGCUCGUUCUAGCCGGUGUGCAGCUACCGAAACGCUACCUGCAGCUGGAAUGGAAGAGCCUCUCGCUGCUGCUUGGGCCGGGAAUGGCCGCUAUGUGGAUGUGCAGCGCUCUUGUGAUCUGGGCCCUGGUGCCUAACCUUUCAUUUCUGCAUGCGCUUGCUGUUGGUGCCUGUGUGACCCCAACGGACCCAGUCCUCUCGAACUCGAUUGUCAAGGGCAAGUUUGCCGACAAAAAUGUUCCUCAGCCGUUGCAGCGCAUCAUCAUUGCUGAGUCGGGGGCGAAUGACGGGCUUGGCUAUCCGUUUCUUUUCUUUGCCCUCUACCUCAUCCAGUAUAUUGGCAUGGAUGGCGAGGGUUUCAGUGGAGGUGCAGGGAAAGCCAUGGGUUUGUGGUUUUAUGAGACUUGGGCCUACACGAUUUUGCUGAGUGUUGGCUACGGAGUCACUGUUGGCUGGGUUUCUAGGGAAUUGCUUCACUGGGCGGAAGAGAAGCACUACGUGGACCGAGAGAGCUUCCUUGUCUUUGCCAUUGCUCUUGCGCUCUUUAUCGUAGUACGUUCCCCUUGUAGUAUGGCGAAUGUCAAGCUGACCAACAGUGACUGGUUCCGCCUGGAAACCAUGGACGACUCUCUUCAACCAACCAUCGACAUGCUCCUCAACCUGGCAGUCUUCAUGUGGUUCGGUGCCGUCUGCCCAUGGCAUCUCUUCCUAGAAAACAACGUCAUCCCGAUAUACCGUCUUAUUCCCCUGGGAAUCCUCAUCCUACUUGUCCGUCGCAUGCCUAUCAUCUUCGCCAUGCACAAGUAUAUCGAACAGAUCGAAAGUCUGUUCCAGACUACAUUUGUCGGCUUCUUUGGCCCCAUCGGCGUCGGUGCAGUCUUCUAUCUUUCAGUGAGCAGGGAAUAUUUGAAUAGGAUCACCGUGAAUGGCGAAAUUCGCGCCGAUGCGCAGCAGGUCUCUGAUACCAUCGAAGUGGUGGUCUGGUUUCUCGUCAUCUGCAGCAUAGUCGUUCAUGGUCUCUCUAUUCCCUUCGCCAAAGCUGGCUAUCAUCUCCCGCGGACUAUCUCGCAAGUGAUUAGCACUAGCACCGGCGACAACGAACCAAUUCCGUUAGCUAGGAACUCGCACACGCACAGCACGGCGACGCACGAUAAUGUUGAGGCCACUAGCCGCCGCGCGAGGAGACAUGACACCUCCCUUCCUACCUCGAUGAGUCGAUCCCACACGCCCCAGCCGGUGGCCUUCCAAAUUGGUCGAAGCGUGAUUCUAUCAGCUUCUCCAUCAUCUGAUGCACAGAUUGGAUUGGGGAGUGGGGAGGAGCCAGCGCGGCCGGUGAAUUUGGUGCCCAAGUCAGAGACCGUGGGGGAGUUGACGAGGAUUAGAAGUAAUGAUGACGCUUGUGGUCAAGGGGACAGAUCUGGGAUUGUGAAGUCGUCGAGUAUCGUUGAUGCUGUAUCUAGUCACGACACUUUGCCAAAGUAUGCAGCACAAUGGGGCCCUGGCAAGCAAGAAAAGCUGAUUCGGAUCGAGAGUUUGUAUUCGCCAACAUCUAUGGAUUUGAAGUAG